AUGAAACAGACUUAAUUCCUUUAUUAAGAAUCUAUAAAAGAGCAAAAGGAAUCUAAAGCACAAGUUAAAAAGUUUCAUGGAAAUUAAAAGCCAAAUGCUUCAGAAAAGUAACAAGGAGAUGGCCCAAAUUAAUCUACAAUCUACUCAUUAGUCAAUUUGGCUGUCAAGGAAAGUCAGAACGAAAAGGUCUUAUUUCCUGAAUCGUUGAUUGCACAGUCCUCUAAAAUCAAACCUUAAGUUAUGGUUAACAAAAAUACCGAAAUAGCAAGAAGUUUAAAGAAGCUAAAGCCUCUAUCCACUCCAGAUGCCACUUCUGAGUUGAUAUAAUUAGGAAAGGGGAAUGGCUAUGAUCUAUAAUUAAAUGGUCCGAAACUAUAAGUGUAUCUUAAGCAAUUGAAUAAAUUAACUAAUGGACUGCUAAAGAAAACUUAAACAUAUUUAUUAUUUGGAUCAAUUGAAUAAAAGAUAAGUCAAAAUACUGUUUUGUGUAUUUUGCGUAUCCAAAAAUUAAAAUUUUUUAAUGACUACAAUUCCAAAAAUCAUAAAAAUCCAGCAUUAUUUUGUUGGGAAGUUGUGUAUCGAAAGUAAAGCCUGAUGAAGACUCUCCCAAAGGACUACUAAGGAGCUUAAGGUGAUCUACUCGAUUUUGUCUACACAAAACAUGGCAAUGAGAUUGUUGAGAUAGUGUUAUGGAAGGUGAAAAAUAAUGAUGAAAAAUAUGUAGGAUAGUUUGAUUUGAUAAAUGAAGAUUAUUUUGGAGCAAAGGAAAUACUUGAUUAUCAGAGGAAGGUUAUAAGUGAAAAUUGGGUAGAGAAGGAGAUGUUUAAAACUAUGAAAUAAUCCAAAUCCUAUAUUGGGAAUGUGUAAUUUUAAAUAGUUUUGUUUGGAAAUAAUAAGAUACCCUAAAGUAAAUACUCUGGAAUUCCUGGCUCUCCUAAGACAGAAGAGGAAAGAGCAAGGCAUCGGUUGAUUGAUUUGGCUAUGUCGGGACAAGAGUAUAGAUGGUUCAUUGAUGAGAAUGAUAAACUUGUGAUUCAGAAAAUCGAUACGAUUACUUCAGAAAUUGUUGCUGAGUGUACUCUUGAAGUUGUUACAACUGAAUGUGGAUAAUUGACAAUAGUUUACGAAUAAAAAUAUAAUAAUCCAGAUCUUAAUGGUAGAUCUAGGCCAAAUUCAAGAUAAAUGAGAAAAUAACAUUUUGAUGCCACUAUGGCAUUAAUUUAGGAAUUGGAUAGAAAUGGAUAAUUCACUGAAAUAUAAGCUAAUCUAAGAGCUCUUAGUAGAUAAGGAAGAUUAUCUAAAGGAGCUAUUCAAGAUGCUUUGUAUCAAAUGGGAUGCACCGCUAACCAAUUAUUAUUAACUGAAUGUGGAGAAUUUGGUGAUUGUUUAAUGGAUUUUCUGUUAGUGACUGAUGAUUUAUCAGGAGUUCUUGAAGCAAUGCAAGAAAUUAAAUUGUUAGGAGAAGAUGAAUUAAAUUUAGAGAAUUUUUCUAAUAAUUUAUUCUAACUUAUUGGUUAACAUUUGAGAAAGAAUACAAAUUUAAAGGCUAUUAUUUCCUUUAUUAAAGCUUUGGAAAAGAAACCAGAAGUAGCUAUUUUGAUACAAAAUUAUUCUUAUGCCUCUGAAAAUGUAUUAACCAAACAGCCUCCUUUCUUACAAUAUUUCAACCCAAGGAAUUAUGAACACGUAAUGGUUUUGGGUAAGUUAAAUAAAAUGAUUGAACUGUUUAAGAUAGAUACUAAAUUUACAAAAGCUUUAAAACAGGCUCAUGUGGAGGCAAAAAAAUCAAUAUACUUUGAAAUUCCUUGUUUUCCUAAAGAUUAAGAUUUAGAAAAGAAAGCUGAUUCCUUAUAACUCAAAUCAAUAGGGUAGAAUAUUAUCCAUGAAAUUGUGAGAAGAUAAAAAUGGGAAAAAAGUCAUCUAAUAUUUGACAGAUAUCCUGAGUGGUUUUUUGUUGCAGAUUUCUAAGGAAUUACUCCAUUUUCUAGCAUGUUAGAAAAAGCACCAUAUGAUGUACUUCAAUCCCUUUUUAAUACCUAUCCCACAUAAUUGAAUAUAGUUUUUUAAUAAUUCAAUCCAUAUCAAGAGGCAUAUAUAGGUGAUGUUCCAAUCAAGAGAUCAAAAAAUUCAAAUGAAGAAGUUUAGGGAGGGCAAUAAAAAAAUAAAUAAAAUAUUACAAAAUAGUAACCUUUUGAAUGGAUGGCUUAGUAAAAAGAAUAUAGAAAAAACAUAUUACAUUCUGUAAUUUUAAAUCCGAAUUUAACAGCAUUUGAGAUUUCAGAAAUAUUGAAAACUAUUGAAUUAUUAGUUAAUCAAUCAAAUAAUAACAAUUUUUCAAUUAUUAAAACUCAAAAAUUAAGAGCCGGAGAUUUCACACCACUUGGUUUGUACUUAGAAAUAAUAAGAUCUAAAUGUAAGAAGAAGUUGGAUAGAGUUUAAAGAGAAUUUGGUACAUCUUUGUUUAUUUGUUAAAUGCUGAUGCCUGACUAAGAUAAACUACAAGAAGAAUAAGGAAAGAGUGAUGCCUUGUUUACUUGGGAUAGUUAGAGUUAGUUCGUAAUUUAAUCGAUUAUUUCAAGGUUACCAGAAUCCUUAUUCUAAUAAAUUGAUGGGUUACUUCCAUUUAUGAAAUGGAUUCCCCCCUUGGAAUAAUUAAAAUCAAUUAGAUAUAUACAUUUACCUGUUAGAUUCUUGAUAAAACAUAAAUAGUAAUAAAGGCUAAUUCUACUUUUACAAUAAAUGUAUAAUGAUAUUAAAUAAUUGGAGUAUGACACAAAUAAAUUAGAAUCAGAUGAAGUUGUUUAAAUACUUUAUUAUUUUUAAAUUUAGAUUCUUAUGUUGCUGGAAAUAAGAAAUCUUAAAACAUAACAUUUAGAAUCAAUAUCAGAUUUAAUUGUACGCUAAUUAAAGGAUUUUUCCUAAUCAUUUACAGAAAUUUUAGUAGUUUCUAUGCCUAAAAAUAUUACCUCAUCCUUUUAUCAAAUCAAGAGAAAUCCAGGAACCUUAUUGGAACUUUUAAAUUUAGUUUAGUUCAAUACACUAAUUACAGACUUAGAGAUCAAGAAUUUAGACAGAUUGGAUACCAUAUUAUUGGGAUCAGCUUUAUCUCAAGCUCAUCAUAAAAAACCUUUGAAAGAUUUAAUCAAAAUUUUCUUAAAAAAGGAUUAAGAUAAAGAUGAUAUUGGGAGAGAUAAUUAUAAAAACAAGGAAUUUUCAAUAAUUGUAAAUCCAAAUGAAAUCCUAGAUGAAAACGCAACUGUCUAUAGAGAAAGUUUAGAUAAGAAAUAAGUUGAAAAGUUUCUGCUUUUUUUGAAGCCUGAUUAAGUCCUAUCUUUGGUAAGUAAUGAAUCAAAAUUUAGCAGAAUUGUUCAUCGUUUAAUUUUAAAUUCCUUUUAUACAAGAAAAUCUGUUGGCAUAACUUAACAGCAAAUUAUGCUGUGGAUUAGAAAUGAGGAUUUAAGAAAAAGUUCAAAAUGGAAAAAACUUUACAUAGACUACUUUAGAAAUAGAAUGGAUCUCUAUUUUAUACAUUGCCUUAUAGAUAUCGAAUUUCCACAAACAAAGAGAACGUAUAUAAACUAAAACAAAAUUUAACCUUAUAUAACCGCAUAAGGAAAUAGUUGGGCAUCUCUAUUAAACUACAAACUAUUUACUCAAGCUCUUAAGGAUAAUUUCUAGUUUGUUGACAUUGAAGAUUCUAUAAGAGCUGUAGCUAUUAAUGGAUAAUAUGAUAGAGUCCAGAUCCUAAUUCCGCAUAUAAGGGAUCCUUAAAUCUUGCGUUAAACCAUACAAUUAGUCAGCAUUUUAGCAAAAAGCUAAAUGACAUCAUAAACAGAAUAUCAAUAUUUUACUAAAAGAAAACUAUGCACUAUUUAAGAAAUAUUGUAAAGUGAUGAUGAAGGUGAUGAGAAUGAGUAAAAACCUAAAAGAAUAAUUCCAGGUAAUUUAAAUAAAUAGGAAUUAAAAAAAUUGUUAAGAGAUCGUCUUGAUGAAACUUAAAAAUCUAAUUAAUAUGGUUAUUUUAGACAUUAAACGAUUUUAAAUUAGUAUGUUAUUAAGAAAUUUGAACUCAUUCCAAUUAAACCAAAAAAUACAAUUAAACAGUAAAAAGAGAAAUGGAAAAUAGAGAAUGUGAAAUUUCCAGAUGUUUUAGAUUAAAUCAGAACACCUGUAUCUGUUUCAAGUUAAUUACAAGAAAUGAAUUCCAAUAUACAAAUUGAAUUUGAUUACUAUCUGAAGUUGUAGUAUCCUAAAUAUGAGAAAAUAGAUCUAAAUAAAUUUGAGUAACAAUUUGAAAAAGAUGUCUUAGCUUUUCGAUAUCUAAAAAAUUGGAAAUAAGCAGUAUAAAGGCAAAAUAUCAGUUCCCUUUUCAGUUAAGGUUAUUAGGAAUCUGAAAAGUGCUCUUAUAAGAAUGUAUUAAACUUAUUAAUAAACGAAUUUAAAAAAUAUGGAGUUCCAUUGUGUUAGAAGGAUGAGGAUUAUGAAAUAAUUCUGUAGAUAUUAAUGUUUUACAGAAUUAUAACAGUUGAGGAUUACAUCAAUCAAAUUAUUUCUAGUAACAAAGAUGACAAAACAAAAAAUAAUCUACUUUUUGGAAUUUUAGAAUAAUUACUUACUUGCAAAAAUAACCCGUAAUUUGAAAGAUAUUAAAUGAAAAAUUAAGAUAUCUACAUCAAAUUGAUUGGGUUGAUUAUUAAAAAUCUAAAAAUUUUAGAUGAAGAUGAUUCAGAAUUUAUGAUUUAAAACAUCAUAGUAUAAGUUCAACUUACACUUGAAAAAAGUAAAAAAAUCAAUAUAAAUCCCUUAAAACUUUACAAAGUGAAGCUGGCAAGUGAGAUGUUAGUUAGAUUAGAUUAAUCGAGAAUAAAGGACUAAUUCAAAGAUAAUAUUAGUAUCAUAGCUAAAGUUAUACGAGAUAAGAAUUUGAACGAUAAAACAUUAUAAUAAUUUGCUAAUGGAUAUUUACCUCAAUAGGCCCAAGAGAUUAAAUAAAAAAGAGAAACACCUAAAGACAUCAUAUCCUCAUUUAAGAAGAAAACUUUGGAAGAACUAUUAGAAUAAGUUGAUCUCACAUAUUACGUAUCAAAAUUUUCUGAUAGAGAUUGUGAGGAUAUUGUUAAGGAACUUUUUAAACUUCCUAGAGAUAAGAUUAAAAAAAAAGAAGUUCUGAGGAAAUUUGAUCGAAAACUUAUUGAAUCAUUAAUUUUCUAUAGGAGAUUUAAGACAUAUGACGCUUUGAUUAAUUAGAUCUUGUUAAAGAAAAUAUGUUAAAAAGGUUUAGAUGAGGAAAAAUUAAAAAAAUAAUUUCUUUUAUUUGAAGAGUAUGAUAUUAAAGCUGGCUAAUCAAAAAAAGAACUAAAAGAUAAGGUGGAAUUAGGAGCUGGUGAUAAAAUUGAAUAAGAACCAAAUGAUGAGGUGGUUUAAGAAGUAAAUGAUUAGGUGGUUUAAGAAGUAUAUAAAAAGGUGGAAUAAUCAGCUCCUAAAAAGAAAGGGACAGAGACUACAAAUGAUUCUAUGGCCAAUAUAGCAGCCUAAUUUGGAUUCUAUGAAUAUUUUGAUACUCUCCAUAGGUUGAAUAUAAGAAUAAAUGAAAUGUAGAAAUUCCCUUGUAUUAGAUUUAUGUUGGAGACGAAUGAUUAAUUAUAGACUUUAGCUGAGGAUUUUGAGAGAAGAGAUUUUAAUUACCUUAGUAAUUGUAUCAAAAUGAUGAGAUAUUUACGAUUAAACCACUAUGAGGCAAACGCUUUUUCAUUAUAUUUUGAAAAUGAGAUCAUGUAGAGUUUCUUAAUUUAAGAUGUCUCAUAAAUAUCUACUCCAUGUAUGAACAUUAUUAAACAAUAUCUAAUGAUUAAAGGAAGAUCAUAGCCUAUUUGGUAAGACUCAUUAAUUUAAAAAAAGUCAGAAAUUCAAUAUCCAACAUAUGUGAAAAUGAUAUUCCAAAAAAAAAUAUAAGAACAUUCAUUGAUUAGAUUGAAAGUAAGUGGAAUUGAAAAGGGAGUUAAAUUCUGUUACCCUUCAAAUUAUGAUCCUGAAAGCAAUGAAUAUUCUAUAACAAAAGAGGAUAUACGUAAGACUUAAAUAAGAAGACCUAUAGUUUCAAUUGAUUAAUAUAUUGAAUGCUUAGAUAAAAAUCAUCCUUUAAGAUUAGAUAAUUAAAUGAUAAAUGAUCCUGAAUUUUAAAAACAUUUAAAAACACUUUAAUUACCUUAUUAGAAUUAAGAAUUUAUAGUAGAUAAAAUUAAUGUUAUUUAAUUUUUGCAAUAGACACUUUAUCAUGAUCAUGAAAUCUAUUAUUAUUUGCUAAACUUCCCUUUGUUUUGGUAUGAUUAAUAAAUACCCAAAGAAAGGUUAAUCAUAUUUACUUUCUUUUACGAAUUAGAACUUGGAUUGGUCUUUUUUAAAGCUUUAUUAAUACAUGAACCAAAGAAAUUAGAUUUAGUAUUAGAUAUUUAUUUUUAUUCCUUGAGAGAGUAUGUUACCAGUGGAGAUGAAAUGCUAGACGACGAUAGGGAACAGUAGACAUAUCAUAUAGAUAGUGAUUGGGAGCAUUAUGAACAAGAAUAAACUGAUAAUGAAGAAGAAGAUUCUGAAUAAUAGAGAUAGGAUGAUUAAUAAGAUAAUGCUAGAAACCAGGAAUAGAAUGAAUAGAUUCCUAAUGAUUAACAAGGAUAAGAGCUAGGUAAAAAAAAGAAAAAAAUUAAAGUGCUUAAAAAAAGAGUUAAAGACUAUAUCGAAUUAAAAUAUGGAUUAAGAAGAGCGAUUACAAAGAAAUGCUCUAAUUAAGUAAAAUUUUCAAUUUAUCUCUAAUUAUUAUUACUUGCUGCUACUAAUGAGGAAUCCUUUUAGCAAGUUCAAAAAUAUUUAGUAGAAAAUAAAGCAUUGCCUCCUUUAUAGCAACCAAAAGAGAUAGAUCCACUGGUAUAAUCUAGAUUAAUAGAAUAAGGAUACAAAUAACCUUAUAAUAAAUAAUUCAUUUAAUAAAUUGACUAGAAAAUUAACUAAAUUUCUUAAUAAUAGCUUGAGGAUAUUACACAUUUGUAAGAAAUUAUGAAAUUCAAUCAAACUCUAAAGGAAAAAUAGUAUAGCCUUGUGUUUUAGUUUUUAAUUUUCCAAGUAUACAAUAGCCAAUAUUCAGCCUACUAGAAUGUUAUUGAUAAGUUAUUAGAUCAUCCUGCUUAUGUAUGUUUGUCCAAAUAAAGAACUUAAAUAUUCUCGAGUUCUCUCUCUAAUGAUAAGCAAUUCCAAGAAGAAAUAAUCAAUUAUCAUAUAAAAAAUAGGUUAAUAAAGAAUGAGAAGUAUUACAAAGUUAAGAGAAUUUAAAUGACAAGAGAUUUUGUAGAUAAGUUCUUUGAAGCAAAGUCUAAUCAGUAAUUUACAAAUGAUAAAUGGAUACACAUCAUUUGUUUAUUAAAAUAUUGUUCUGAAUUAGAAUAUCACUUUCUUCAUUUUAAUGCCGUUGAGAAUAUUAAAAAAUUUCAAACUCUUUUUCAUCUAGAAAAUGACCAUAUUGAUGAUAAUUAUGAAAGCGGUUACAGCCCUGGGGAUACAUUUAUUUCAUCAUAUUUCUUUAAAUUCGAAAUCACUAAUAAUUUCACAACUCCAACUUACGAAUACAAAAAAUAGAGAUCUAAAUUUCAUGGAGGAUUUUUUUCUUAUAUUUUUUCUGUUGAUAUAACUAUAAAUAUCUUAAGAAGUAAAAAUCCUAAUAAUCCAUUUCCAAUACCUUUUUUGUAUUCAAAAACUUAUGAUGAAUUGGAAAAGAUAUUUAGAAUUUUUAUGUUUGAUGCCGCUAUUCAUAACUUCCUUUUAGAUUAAAAAGGCAGAUUCAAUGAAAUGUAUAGAAUAUCUGAUGCCGAUUAGGUUGAUAGUUCAGUAGGACAUAAGAAGUUAACAAUAGAAAAUUAUUAGCAAUUUUCAAAAAUUCAAUAUAUUGAAUUAUAUUAUUUAGAUAAAUGUAUUUAAAGUUUUAACAGUAAAAUAAGCGAAAAAUAAAGUCUAAGAUACUACAUAGAAUAAAGCGAAAAGGAAUUUAAUGAUAUAGACACUAAUGAAUAUCACCAAGGGAACUUGUCAUACCCAAAUCCAAUAAAUAUUAGAGAGAUUAAAAUUCGAAUAAAGGAUAAUGUUUAUACUCUUCCGUUUAGUAAUUAUAAGCCAAGAAUUCAUAAAUAAUCCAAUUAGAAAAUAGAAUUAGAUUUAACUUUUCCAGAGUUAUAUCCAGUUACUAUAUUAUAAGGUUAUAAAUACAUUCCUGAUAUAAUUACUGAAGCAGAAUUUAAUCAAAAAUUUGAUUCGUUGUCAAUUCUAUAUUCAACUUGUAUUGAACUAAACACCUAUUCUUAAUAAUUAUAUGAUUUUGUGACUAACGUGCCUAGCAGUGAAGAACUUUAUGAGGAAAAUCCAAAGCUUAGAGAUGUAAUUUGGCCACUUGUGCAAAAGAAAAACAAGUUGGCUAAAGGAUAUUCAGAUAAGUUUAUCUAUACUUAUAUUUCUGAAUCUAUCCCUAUUUAUUUAAUUUAGUUUCUAAUUGAAAAUUUGAAAAUUGAAUUAAACCACAAAAUUUAGUUUACUUUUAAUUGUCUAUCCUUUACUGAAAUUAUAUUAAUCAAAUUAAUUCGAAUAAUUCAACAAAGCACUGGGAAAAUAUGUAAAAUAGUCACUGCAAUCACCAUAUUGUAAGAAUGGCUUUGGCUUAAGAAAAUAUUGAUUACUAUUGGAAACAUUAUUGUUGAGAAUGAUUUAAACAAAUUCAUCUCAUAUUAUGUAGAACUUGAUGAAAUUCAUCCCAGUUAUGCAUUUAAAUUUAAGUCAGAUAAGCUUGAAGGGAUGGAUUAAUUAUUUAGAUUUGGUAAAUCCCAGUUCUUUGUACAUUCAAACGUCCUCAUUAUUAGAUUAAGUAUUGCUUUGGUUUCUGAAAACCUAUAAUCAAAGCAAAACUCAAGGAACUUUAAGUUACAUCAACUCAAAAGUACACUGUUCUCAGAAGAUAUAGAGAUAAAUAAAUAUAUGUAAUUUAUUGUCACUUUUGACGAAAUGUUAAAAUAAAUGUUCAGCAAAAAUUGA